CGUCAAAGAAAUGGUAGGGAUACAGCGGGGUAGAGCAGUGGGGUGCGGGUAGAGGUUCGGCUUCGGAAAUGGCCGCGGGAAAGUAGAGAGCGUUACGUCGUCCGGCAAGCAGGCGGCGAGCCUAAAAGUUUUUCGUGUGUGCAGCGGCGCUCGCGUUAACCCGGCGCAUCGUGCGUGCGAGAUUCACUGGAGACCGUCGGGGGAGCCCACAUAACUUGCGAUAUGUUUUAAGAAUAUCGAGAAUUCGGCCGAAACGGAUCGAGAUACGGGGCUAUCGAGUCAAGGUGUAGAGUUGGUGUCCAGGUGAGAAGAGCAGCCGGUGGCUGGAAGAGAGGAGAUCAGUGCGGGACAGUCGUGUAUGUGCACGAGGAUGGCCGGCGACGACGGUGCACCACCGAACAAUGAGAUCCUCGGUACGGACGGAGGGGGGCAGGGUGCGUCAGCAGCGCGGGGGGAACUGCAUUCCAGAGUGGGCGGCAUCCUGGAAUGCGAUCCCCCCGGUAACAGGAAUUCGCCGAGCGAGCGAGCCUGCAACGAGCACCACGACGACCACGACGACGACCACGACGACGACGACGGAAGCGGUGGAACAACUGUGAUUGCCGACGACGAUUAUAACAACAGCGCUGGAACGGUCGGAACCACCGUGAUUGCCGACGAUAACGGCGGCCUGUGCCGAUAUGCUAUCGGCACCGCCAAUACCGCUAUGUCUUUCAUCGAAGUUUGCCAGAUACGACUGCAGCAUCUUUUCCCACAAUUAGUUUCCUCCGCCCAAGGAUACAGCCGCUGCGAUGACUCCAUAGAGCGGACAGCGCAACGUUUGGCCGACGACGUGAUACGAUAUCUGCUAAAGGAAGAUAUUUAUCUCAUAUCACGUGAUCCAAUCUCCCGUAGCAUGAGACACAAUGUGUAUCAGAUGCUUAACAAACACAGUAUCUUGUUCGCAAGUAUGGUGAACCGUUUGAAUGUUAUGCCGGACACGGCGUACGAGGCGUUCAUGGGUGUCGCGGAUGAACUUUUUCUGGACGGCGGCGUUACAUGGCCGAGAAUUGUCUGUUUGUACGCGUUCAUGGGAAGACUUGCACUCUGGGCCCGUGACAGGCGAAUGCACACUCUGAAGAAAAAAUUACCGGAAUAUGUCUCGAGAUUUAUCGGCGACAAAGUAGCGCAUUUUAUCAAAGGAUACGGAGGAUGGGAUCAGCUGUGUAUAGAAUAUCCAGUGGCAGAAGAGAUCAGUGGAGCUAUCUGGAGGAGUCUUCUAAUGACUGGUGCCACCCUUGGUUUGGUUGCAACUAUUUUAACUGUGACUUCCUGAUAUACCCUUACAAAUCAAACCCCACGGGGUAUAUUUUCCGCGAGACCUUUUAGCGUACUUAUAUUUUACCAAAAUGCGCUGAAAAACAAUUUUCAAGACUUUGUAAGACGCUCUUUCAUUGGUACUGAAAAUGGAAUUAUGUGAUUGGAAAGUUGAUUGUAUUAUGCCUUUAUAACAGAAUGCGGGAUGUAGAGUUAGUACUGUCCUUGCAACGCGCACAAUCUUCAUAUCGAUGUCACUUCGUUUAGAAACAUCCUACUUUUU